AUGAGCUUCGGACGGACUUUUAACGUCGUUGGCGCUCACUGCGCCGGCGACGUCGGUGACGUUAUCGUCGGCGGCGUCCGCGACGUCCCGGGCACGACCAUGUACGAAAAGAUGAGAUACUUCUGGGACCAUGAGGACCAGUACCGGAACUUACUAUUGAACGAACCCCGGGGCAGCUCUGCCAUGUGCGCCAACAUUGUGCUCCCCCCAUGCAACCCCGAAGCGGACGCCGGCUUCAUCGUCAUGGAGCACGACGAGUAUCCUCCUAUAUCAGGCGGCAAUACAAUUUGUGUCACCACUGUUCUUCUUGAGACGGGCAUGGUGCCCAUGAGAGAGCCCGUCACGACGCUCAAGCUCGACUGUCCCGCUGGGCUGGUCACCGUCCGUGCCGAGUGUGAGGCGGGCAAAGUCAAGUACGUCGAGCUGGAGAACGUGCCGGCCUUUGUCUACGCUCUAGAUCUGGACAUUACCGUGCCUGGAUUUGAUAAUCCUGUCAAAGUGGAUAUUGCUUAUGGAGGAAUGUGGUAUGCACUGGUCGACGCCGCAUCGGUUGGUCUCAAGAUUGACACCAAGAAUGGAGCCAAACUUGUCGAGGUUGGGGAGCGUAUCAAGCGGGCUGUCCAGGAACAGACUGAUCCCGUUCAUCCCGAGAAUCAGAAGAUACGCGGCGUGACCGCCCUUGAGUUUACAGAACCGCUCAUCAGAGCAGACCCUAGCGAUGGCGGCAAGAUUACAGCCAUCAAUACCGUUGUGGUAUCCCCUGGCAGACUGGAUCGGUGCCCGUGCGGGACGGGUACUUGUGCACGAAUGGCUGUGCUUCACAAGCGAAAGCAGCUAGACGUGGGCGAGUCCUUUGGCCACCGCAGCGUCAUAGGUACCGAGUUCAUUUCCACAGUUGCGGGCCAAGCAAAAGUUGGCGAGUAUGAUGCCAUCAUUCCCAAAGUCAAGGGAAGCGCUUGGAUAACCGCAUUCAAGCAAGUCAUUUUGCACCCUACGGAUCCUUUCCCCUUGGGGUUCAGAGUAGGCGACAAAUGGCACAUGACUUGA